AUGGCUACUCACAUUGAUUUCAUCAAGGAUAUAACAAUUUCAAAGAUGCAAUGGAAGUUGAAAGUUCGGGUUGUCCGUAUGUGGGAAAUACCGGAUCGUUUUAAUCCAGGCACUAUAUUCUCAAUUGAAUUGGUUGUACAAGAUGAAAAGGGCGAUCGUAUACAUGCUUCUAUUGGCAAGUCAGUUUUGCAUCUUUUCAACACAAAAAUUAAUGAGCUUGGAUUAUAUCUUAUGGCGAACUUUAUCAUGUUAUCGGAGAAAUUGUCAAUUUUAGUGAGGAGGAACAAGUUAUCUGCUACAUUCUGGGGCGAAUUUGUUGAUCAAGUUAUACCUCACCUUUUAACUUCUAACAACCAGCCUGUUAUUGUUGUUAUGCAGCUCAUAAAAGCCCAUAAAUUUCAAGAUUCAUAUUCUGUGCGCAACACUUGGAAUACAUCAAAGUUGUGGAUUAAUCCUACUUUUCCUCAAUCUGACGAGUUUAAAACACGAUUACUUUCUGUUCGGGAUAGUUGCUCUGAGAGGCUGACUCAAACCAUCUCUCAGCAAAGUUACUCUGUUUCGGAUGAGUUAGAGAAGGGCAUUGCUGAAGUUAAAAUAAUUGCCCAAUUAGUGGAGUCCGUGCAAGAAGGUCCCUGUUGGAUUGUCGCAAGUAUAGAAAUUUUAGAACUUGGAAAAGGAUGGUCGUAUGUCAGUUGCAAGAAGUGUCAAAAGAAGGUGGAUAAAGUAGGAAACAUUUAUCAAUGCCCAAACCCCAAAUGCAAAAAUGAAGAUUACUCAGCAGUUAUUAGGUACAAGCUUCAGGUUAGGGUAAUGGAUACUACUGGAUCUGUUUUCCUAUUGCUCUGGGACCGUGAAGCCAUNGAAGGAUUUGUUGAGAAUACUGGCGUUGUUGAUAAGUAUCCUUAUCCAGUAGAGCUGAAUAAUGUUCUCCAAAGAAAAUUCAUGUUUAAGGUUAUUGUGAAGAGCUCGAACAUUCAAUUGCAACAGGAAGUUUAUAGUGUUGUUAAGCCUACGGAUGAUGAGCAACUGAUAAGGAAAUAUAGUCCUGACCCACCUUCAUUUGACUUAACUGACCCAGACUUCAAUAAUAAUCAAGACUUUGAUGGAGAGAAGGAAUGCGAGGAUUCUACUGAAGAGAACGAGUUAAUUGAUAUUGCAAAAACACCUACCAAGAUAAGUUUAACUAACGCCGCAACAGUGGUUAAAGAAGAUCCAAAUACACAGUUGUCAGGAAAUAAAAUCAAGAGAGUAUUUAAGAAGAAGAAAACAGCAUAA